AUGGACAUUGGCAAGGGCCUCCCAGCCACUGAGAGCCACAGGGACCUCCACAAAUGGAUCAUUGAGAACCUAAGGAUGGUGCCAGUCCCCACGAGGGCUUAUGGGAACUCCUUCGAGGAACACUGCUACAUUGUCCUCCAUGUGAGCAUGUGGAAGUCUGCCCGGCGGGGGGAGCUGGGAGGCCUGGGUGACUCUCUUCUCGUGAGGGUAUUGGGGAGAGCCCAUUACCUCCUCAGCUAUAGGAAAGGAGGCCUGGCCUCUGCCCUCAGGCAUGUGGAGACCAACAUAUACAACAUCCAGCGACUGCUGCGCAUCCAAGGGAGGAAGCAUGCAUCAGCCACCGAGGUGGCGCUCUCUUGGAACAGCUUUAAUAAGGGUGACAUCUUCCUGCUGGACCUGGGCAAGGUGAUGAUCCAGUGGAAUGGGCCUGAGGCCAGCAUUUCUGAGAAGGCGCGGAUUAGUGGCCUGACCCUGACCUGCAGCCUCCAGGACAGGGAGCGUGGUGGUCAUGCCCAGAUUGGUGUGGUGGAUGACGAGGUCGAAGCCACUGACCUCAUGCAGGUCAUGGAAGCUGUGCUGGGCUGCAGAGUGGGCAACCUGCAUGCCACCCUGCCCAACGAGAGUAUUAGCCAGCUGCAGAAGGCCAGUGUCCGCCUCUACCAUGUUUGUGAGAAGGAUGAGGACUUGGUGAUCCAGGAGUUGGCGACCUGCCCACUAACCCAAGACCUACUGCAGGAGGAGGACUACUACAUCCUGGACCAGGGUGGUUUCAAGAUCUAUGUGUGGCAGGGACACAUGUCCGGCCUCCAAGAGAAAAAGGCUGCCUUCAGCAGGGCUCUGGCCUUCAUCCAGGCCAAAGGCUAUCCGACCUACGCCAACGUGGAGGUGGUGAACGACGGCGCCGAGUCGGCCGCAUUCAAACAGCUCCUCCAGACUUGGUCUACGAACCAGCGAAGGAACAAGAACCUCGACGGGAUGACUGAGCGGGAGGGGCGGGGUAAAUUGAUUCGGGUAAGGCUGGAUGUGGGCAAGCUGCAAGCAGCCCAGCUCAGGUUGGUGGACGACGCCCCCGGGAAGGUGGAGGUGUGGUGCAUCCAGGACUUAUGUAGACAGCCCGUGGACCCCAAGCAUCAUGGACAGUUGUAUGCGGGCAACUGCUACCUGGUCCUCUACACAUACCAGAAGAUGAGCCGCGUCCGGUACAUCCUGUACCUAUGGCAGGGCCACCAGGCCACCACAUGUGAGAUCAACAUCCUGAACUGCCACGCCGAGGAGCUGGACCUCAUGUACCGUGGAGCCCUGGUGCAGGAACGCGUGACCAUGGGUAGCGAGCCCCCUCACUUCCUCGCCAUCCUCCAGGACCAGCUGGUGGUCUUCCAGGGGCACACGGGGCACAAUGGGAAGGGGCAGCCAGCACCUGCCACGAGGCUCUUCCAUGUGCAAGACACAGACAGCUACAACACCAGGACUGUGGAGGUGCCGGCCCGUGCCUCCGCUCUCAACUCCAGUGACAUUUUCUUGCUGGUCACAGCUAGCACCCGCUACCUCUGGUUUGGAAAGGGCUGCAGCGGUGACCAGCGCGAGAUGGCGCGGACGGUGGUCACUGCCAUCUCUGGGGAGAACAAGGAAACGGUGCUGGAGGGUCAGGGGCCUCCCCACUUCUGGGAGGCCCUGGGAGGCUGAGCUCCCUACCCCAGCAACAAGAGGCUUCCCGAGGACGUCUCCAGCUUCCAGCCACCUGAGUGCUCCAGCCAGAUGGGCCACCUGGUCCUCACAGAAGUGGUGUUCUUUAGCCAAGAGGACCUGGACAAGUAUGACAUCAUGUUACUGGACACCUGGCAGGAGAUCUUCCUGUGGCUCGGGGAAGCUGCCAGUGAGUGGGAGAAGGAGGCGGUGGCCUGGGGCCCGGAGUACCUGAAGACGCAUCCAGCAGGGAGGAGCCCCGCCCCGCCCACUGUGGUGAUCAAGGAGGGCCACGAGCCUCCCACCUUCACUGGAUGGUUCCUCACCUGGGGCCCUUACAAGUGGACAACAACCAGUCCUUAUGAGGAGGUGGUGGAUGGCAGCCUGGGAGCAAAACCUGCCAUAGUUAAGAUAACAGCAGAACUCAACAACUUGCAGCUCUCUAGAGGGCCAAGCAAUGGCAGGGCAGGCCCCUUGACCAUGUGGGCCCUCAAGGGCUCCCAGGAGGGCUCAGGGAAUGAGCUGCAGCUAGGCCCCAAGGCCGGGGGCACCAGCACCGGCAGCUGCCACAGCAGCCCCAGACCCACCAUCAAUGGGAGCCUGCCCCGAGAACAGCUAAUGCAUCAGGCUGCCGAGGACCUGCCAGAGGGCGUGGACCCAGCCCACAAGGAGUUCUCUCUCUCCGACUCUGACUUCCAAAAUAUCUUUGGGAAAUCCAAGGAAGAAUUCUAUAGCAUGGCCAAGUGGAGGCAGCAGCAGGAGAAAAAGCAGCUUGGCUUGUUCUGA